UUUAAUGAAAGAAUAUUUCUUUCGUAGAUUUUCUUGAAAGAGGGAAGGGCUAGAGCUAGAUUUGAGCCUUUUUUUUUUGUGUGGUUAAAGUCCAUGAUGUGGGAUUAGAGAGUAAUAUUUUAGGGCAGAUGAAGAGGGAUGAGUGAGAGAAUUUAGAUCCAAGUAGAUAACUUACUAUAUCUAGUAAAUUACUCACCACUAUAACAGGAACUUGUAAGUAAGUGGUGAUCCCUUUUGUGUGAAGCUCAUCCAAUUCUAAUUAUGUCAGGAUUAGAAACCUUGGUCUCUUUUUCAAGUAAAGAAUUACAAUGCACUAAUCACUAAGUAAGCCCAAUCUCAAAAUCAAUUUAUGUCUAUUUAGUGUUCAUAAUCAAUAUCAGUACAUUCAACUUAAAUUCAUGUUUCAUUAGUUUUCAGUUAUCAUUUAGAUUUUAUUACUUUGACUAGUGAAAUCAAUUUUAACAUGUAAAACUGGAAAACAAACUAUCUAUAAAGCCCUAAAUGCUUUUUCACAGAGGCUUUGGUAAAUUCGAUUUGGCCAGUUUGAUGCUUUAGCCUAAUAUGAGGCCGGACCUGUUCUGUUAAAUGAGAAUAAGAACUUCUGUCAUUCCUAUAUCAGUCAUUGCUUCCUUUAGAAAAAUGAAGAAGCUUACUCGAGAUCAUUCAUUAAUAGUUGCUGCAGUGAAGGAAUCUUCCCUACUUGUUGUGAGUGGUGAUGGGAAAAGUGUUAAACGGCUCAAUCCAUUUCAACUGCAUGAAGUUAGAGAUCCCAAGUUUUUUACUGUUCUGGUAGAGCAUUUGCCAGAGGAUCACUCAGAGGAAAACAUUCGGCAAAUUUUUAGUGAAGCUGGAAAGAUAAAAAAGAUAAGCAUCCAUGAUCCAUGUGCUAUUGAAGGAUCUCAAAGGUCUCGGAAGCAGAACAUGAUUAGUCGCAAGUUACAUGCUCUUGUGGAAUACGAGACUGUUGAGGCUGCUGAGAAAGCUGUGGCUACUUUUAAUGACGAACAGGACUGGAGAAAUGGCUUGCGGGUUAAAGUUCUUAAGAAAAUGAUUAAGGAUGGACACAGCAGAAAGCAAGCUUGGAAGGGAUCUGAUUCUGAGAAGAAUAGCACUAGGACUGGCCGUGUAUCUGAGUUAACUGGAGACGGGGAGCAUCAUAGCUCUAAUGAGCAUAAUGAGGAUACACCUCAUGAGGAGGAUGGAGAACAUUUGUCAAAGGAUAAAGGCGGGCAAAGAAAUAGAAAUCAGGGGCGCUCAAGAAAACAUAAAUAUCGAGGCAUGCAUGGAAUGGGCCAUGGCAGUACUUCCUCUUCUCAUCAUGCCACUGAAGCACCAAAGCCACCUCCGGGACCAAAAAUGCCCGACGGCACUAGAGGAUUCACAAUGGGCCGAGGGAGGGUUCCUGCAUCCUCUCCCAAUUAGUGAUCCAACAAGUGCUGAUAUUUUAAGAUGGAGCUGCCAAUGCGAAUUCAAUACCAAUAGUAAAUACGAUUCAUCACUUAAUUAUAUUUAAACACAAUAUACUUUAUCGUCCUUUGACUGUCGUGUUGUAUCACAGAUUCAUGUCAAUAUGGAUCCAUGUCGAUAUGUUGCAUAACUAGGACAAAGCUUUGGCUGUUUUUUGCACUUCUCUGCCAUUUGUAUCGUUCUGUUAGUGUAUCUGCAGGAGUCAACGUCCAAGGGAUGGUUCCACUGCUAGUUUUGGUGGGCUCUAUAUUGAGUCAGUGUGGCUACUUGCUAGCAGGCAUAUGGCCAAAUUCAGAUGUUUUUUGGUUUUUUUGGCCAAAGAUUCGUUAGUUUGGUGAAAGACAAGGUUUUUGUUUUACCAUUUAUUUCAUAUUUCUGAUGAGAAAUCUUUGUACAGAAUAUCCUUAUGAUCAAUUGUGUCGUGUCGUGGUGGUGAUGAAA